UCGCCCCACACCGAACGAGUUCCAUGGGACGACGGACCGAAUGCCGGACCGAGUUCCGCCAUGUGGAGCUUGGUGGUGGAAUGGCCCGAGAAGCACCGGAACCAAGCCGUGAACUUCCAUCCCAAGGAACACCAAGUGAUUCCUGAACCGGGGAAGAAAGGCCUUGGUGGCCGUGGACAUGGAAUAUUCCUGGGACCUUUGUCAACAGCUCCGCUGCUUUUUGCGGAUGGGCCACCGGAGAGGAUGGCCGUCCGACGCGACGACGAUCGAGACCUGGCCUUGGAGGUGAAUCACCGAAAGUUCAAAGUGGACAAUCCGCUCUCAUUUUGGGCCAAUGGCUUUGGUGAGAAUUGCAAACGCGAGUGGGCCGCCAAAUUCUGCCUCCACAGCGAUGGGACCAUCUCCCCGGAAUCCCAGGAUCACCUGGUCUUGGGCGUCCGCCUCAACGAGCACGGCGUGCCGUCGGUCGUCCUCGUCGAGGCCAGGGCAGAGCGCCGACUAGUCUUCAAGAUGGGGAAGGCCUUGAGAGGAUGGAAGAGCUGCGCAGUACUUCAGAUCCCAGGCGAAGGUUUGGAGGGCGUGACCACAAGAGGUAUGGAUGCUUUGCCCACUGGGCCCAAGACAGAUGAUGAGCUCUUCAAACGACAGGUGGUCCAUUGCACAGGCAAAGCUGGUGACGUGUACAUCGCCAACUACAUGACAGCUCACUUAGUCGCUCCAAAUACUUCGUCCGAUAUCCGUUAUGCGUGCUACUUUCGAUUUAAAGGUCCUGGAUUCAACGAUGAUUUGCAUCAGCCUGCCUCCAUGCUUGAUCCAUUGCUCCAUUGGCACCUGAAGAGCGUCAGCGAAGGGACGAACUCUGCUGAAGGGUCGAAGCCCAAGUUGCGGACCAUGAAGACCAUGGAGGAAGCGGAAGCCAAUUUACUCCUCGAGGACUACUAUGCCAGCAGCAACAAUGACCACACAGCCAGAGCAGGUUAA